UCUGCUACCCAAGCAACCACGAGUAAACAUUUACUGGUUAACUGACAUGGAUAUGUGUUAAAUGUAAUAACUAUAAAGUAAUAGUGAAUCUAAAAGCGUUUGUAUUAUGAAUUCUGAGUGCUUUGAGAGUUCUUCUAUGUUGUUAUCCGAUUUAGGACUUGAAAAUUGGCUCGUAGAACAAUGUUACUCAAUGGGAAUUUCGGAUCCAACUCCAGUUCAACGUUAUUGCAUACCCAAGAUACUGAAAGGGGAAAACUGUAUUGGUAUUUCACAAACUGGCUCUGGUAAAACCUUAGCAUUUGCCUUGCCGAUACUUCAAAAGUUAUCUGAAGAUCCAUAUGGAAUAUUUGCAUUAGUUCUGACUCCUACAAGAGAGCUAGCAAUCCAGAUAGCAGAACAAUUCAAAGUUAUCGGCAAACCUAUCCAUCUAGAGGUUUCUGUUAUUAUUGGUGGAAUGAAUAUGGUGGCUCAGGGAAGCGAAAUAAACUCUCAACCUCACAUUAUGGUUGCUACCCCUGGCAGAUUGGCUGAUCAUUUAAAAAGUAGCAAUGAUUUUUCUUUUAAAAGAACAAGAUUUUUGGUGUUGGACGAAGCAGACCGAUUGUUAGAAGGUCAAUUCACAGAACAAUUAGAGGUAAUCUUUGAAGCCCUUCCAUCCCAAAGACAGACAUUGUGUUUCAGUGCUACCAUGUCAAAGAACCUUGAUGAGCUAAAAAAUAUUAGCUGUAUCAAACCUUUUGUAUGGGCUACUGAAUCUGAUGUAUCCACAGUGGAAAAGCUUGAGCAGCAUUAUGUCCUGGUUCCGCACAUGUUGGUGAAAAAUGCUAGUCUUAUAGAAGUUUUGAAUAAUUUUCAAGGAAAAAAUCCUGAUAGUUCUGCUAUUAUUUUUACAAAGAAUUGCAAAUGCUGCCAACUGGUAUCUGUUGCAUUGCAUAAUCUUGGAUUUGAAAAUGUGGCUUUGAAUUCCCAUUUGAAGCAACGUGAGAGAUUGGCAUCCAUAUCAAAAUUUAAGUCCAAUAAAUCCAAGCUUCUGGUUGCUACAGAUGUAGCAAGUCGAGGAUUGGAUAUUCCCAUGGUUGACUUAGUAAUAAAUUAUAGUGUACCUCCUGUUCCAAAGAAUUAUAUUCACAGAGUAGGAAGAACUGCAAGAGCUGGAAAGGGGGGCCUUGCCAUUACAUUCAUUACCCCUCGAGAAAUAGCUCCAUUAAAAAGAAUUGAAGAUGAAAUCAAUACUAAAUUAACAGAGUAUAAAGUUUCAGAUAAAAAGGUGCUAAACAUAUUGCUGCAAGUAGAAGUUGCUUGGAGAGAAGCAGCCAUUUCUGUUGAAGAUGAAGAUGCAGAAGAAAAAAAAGAGAUAAAUAAAAGAAAAGAAGAAGCAAUGCAAGGAACUGAACUGCAAGAAAAUAAAUAUAAAAGAAGUAAACACAAACAAAAGUCAAAUAAAAAAAUUAAAAACUAGCCCUAAAUAUGUCUUUUAAUUAUUUAUUGAGGCUGCAAUGAAAUCAGUGUAUUUUUAUAAAAUAUCGUUAUCCCCUCAAAAGCAUAGCUUUAUGAAUUUCCACAACAAUACAAAGUAAAGCUCUGAAAUAUAAUGCAUUUUUCUAAAA